CAGAAACUAGACUCCAGUUUUCUCACCCUGACAGUGUUUUUGGCAGCAGGACAGAUUAUUGUAAUAAAUAGUGCUUUUUAAAGUUGAACAUGCUAUGACCACACGAGCUGAUGGUGGGAGUUAAACUGAUGAACAUGUGGACAAGGGAAGAGACAAGAGAGUCUCGUAUGGAUCAAGAAAGGGUAACACAGCCCCUCAAGAAAAUAUCUCAUUCGAUUGAAGAAAUUCUUAGAAAACCUGCAUUUAUCAGAAGUGAGGGGAACGUUUUGCGAAAUUGGUCCGUCAUAAAAGAAACCAGCCAAGUGAACAACUCAUGUUCAGAAGCUCCACAAAUUAGACUCGAAGAGUCAGCAAAACCUUCCACAGACUGCAAGAUUCAGAAGAGGAAGAGGCAAACCAGGGUCACGUUCACACCGUUUCAGGUGCACAAGCUGGAGGCGGUUUUCAUGCAGACUCACUACCCAGACAUCAACACCAGAGAUGAGUUAGCCUCUCUGCUGCAGCUCACCGAGGGACGAAUACAGAUCUGGUUCCAGAACCGCAGAGCUAAAUGGAGGAAAGCUGAAACACUGAAGGAAAUGGAGCUGAUGAGCAGGCCGCACUUAUCUUCAGCCAAUAAUCACCUGCUUUCUUAUGAGGCAGUGCCCUGGCUGCCAUGCUGCGUACCAGAACCUCUUCAGUCGAGGCUUUUCUUCAGAUCCACGCCAUCACAGGCGCUGCUGACCAACACACAUUCCUCAAGUCACAGGACUCUCUGUUUUGACACAUUGGGGACAGAACGAUAG